GAAAGAAUUUGGUGAAAGCAAAAACUAGUUUAUAGGAAGACUUGCCUAAAGGCUCAUAUGCCCAUAAGAAAGAUCCAUCAAGAUUUGCAGAUUGAUAUAUCGGGUCCAAAGUCAGGUUGUUGCUGUUACGCGGAUGGAACGGCAGCUGAUUUGGAGUUUAUAACAGAGAUUCUGGUGCUUAACUGCCGAUAUCAUCCCAACGUAAUGGAGUUGAUGGGGUUUUUUGCUGGUGCGGAUAUUGUCUAUGAAUUUACGCCUUUCCACUCAUUGCAAGAUCACCUCCACAGUAUGGUAUGAUUCUCGCCUCACUCUUCUAUUUCCUUUGUCUAGGCUGUUGAUGUUGGUUAAUCGAAUUGAAUUGAAUCGAGGGUUCAACAAACUAAAAUUAUGAUACGUCGAAAUGAUGUAUUCUAUUUUUGUUCUUGUUUUCAA